AUGAUUCUGUACAUAAGCAUGUUUCUAAUUCUCCUUAUAUUCCCCUGACACCCUUCCAGUCCAGAACUGAUAGGCAUCCACAACAAAAUUACGAUUAUAGUACUCUUUCAGAAAGUUCAAGUCUGAAAUCAAAGAAACCUAAUGUAAAUAUGCCACAGGAUGAGUACAAUGAAAAUAAACCAAAUUACCCAUAUGAGAAUCAAUUCGAUAUCUCACCACCUACAGCUCGUGAAAUCACUGGCAGUUAUCACAGUUCGCAACCUGUGGCAAAUCAUCUUAAAAAGGAAGAUGCCUAUCACCCAAGCAGUUUGCAUUCUGAGGAGAUACCAUCUUUGAAACAAAGUUUGUCCACUCCAUUAGAAUACACUAGAGCUAAUAACGUAGAUCACACUGAGAAUUUAAAUUCUCAAGAACAGUUUUUAUCUAAACAUAACCAAAACCGCAAUCCCCCACUCACAAGUGUUUAUCCUUCUCAUAGAACACUAUCUGAACGUGAUCAAAAUCAGCAGGUGAAACUAAAAAAUAACAGAUCAAAUGAUGAACAUAAUAGAGCAGCAGACCAUGAUAAUCGCCCAUCUCUUGCUAUUAAUAAAGAGAUUAUCGAACCAAUUCAAACAGAGAAUGGGGAUUAUUCGUAUCAAGAUUAUGAAGAAAACAGUAAAGAUCAUCCCCAUCUGUCUGCCAGUUCUGGACCACAGUAUAUACUUCAACCACAACCUGCAGCAUUGAUUGCUAGCCCAGCAUUUGCACAAGAUCCAGUAAGUCCUCUGAAAUCCAGUUAUACACCUCAUUCUAACAUUCCAAAGAAAACGAAAUCUGUUCCAGACGUGGUGACUGUUCCUAUUUCACCAGUAAACAACAAAACUGUUUUGUCUACAUCGGAUGAUCAUUCGAAUGCUAAUAAUGGUCAGAAAAGUUUUCAAACGCCACACCCUGUUUCUAAUGUAGCCAACAAACAAACAUAUGUGGAUUGGACAGCAAAAAUGGAUACAUAUAAAUACGACAUGGAAACAUGGCCAGAAUGUGCCAAAACCAGUAGUAUGUACUGUUUGGACGACUCUGAAUAUCCAAGUGAAGUAAUCAGGUACGCUAUUGAUAAAGAGAGGCAUGUAUUGAAUCGGCUGUUGGCUGAGAUCAAACAUCAGUCGACUCCUCCGUUUCUUGAUGGACUAACCGAAAAAGAUGAAAAAUACAUCUACGAGCAUCAUCACUAUGCACCACCAAAUGGAACUGAUUAUUUAACCUCACUUACCAACAACCAGUAUAAGGAAGACGGUUAUAAAAACAGGGGCUACAUUUGUCCAUCAGAGAUUGAUUAUGCACGCCCUCUUCGUGCUUUGAACGCUUUCGGCCAGUGGAAACUCAUUCUCAACCUUGACACUCCUUACAAGGAUAAAACAUUCACUCAAACAGUGCUAUUAGAGAAGUGUAUGUCCCCUGGAGCCCCAUGUAGUUUUUUGGACGAUUCGUACUCUUCUCGGUGUCUCCAGAAGUAUAAUUAUCAGCGUCUCUUGGCGUGGACUUACGAAAAUGGAUUCCACAUAGAUUCUUUCCGUCUGCCAGUAUCUUGUUCGUGCCAUGUGUCGUCAACUGCCACUCGCUGAAUAACCCAGAACAAUGAUUUGGAAAGUAAGCGCAUGAACAAUCGAACAUUAAAUAGCUAACUACUUAGUGAGAACACGUGAAUAAUGGUAUUCUAAAUAUGACGGUGUAAGUAAGUGUAUAUUUCAAAUAACUGUUAAAACCCUCUUUAGUGAUCUUAGACACUAACAUUUACA